AUGUGUGUCAGGGACCAGGGGAAGGUGUCAGGGACCAGGGAUAGAUGUGCCAAGUACCAGCGAGAGGUUCUCAGGGACCAAGGAGAGGUCAUGGAGCAGAGACGUGUCAGAGACCAGGUAAAGGUGUGUCAGGGACCAGAGGAAGUUGGAAUUCUAGAAAACACCGACAUCUCUUUUCUUCCUUGGACUUCAAUAGCGCCGCUACAAAAGGUCAAAACAAUACGACUUCAUCACUUCUCUGUGACAUCAGCCUCGUCACUGGCGCCCAUGUUUUCCCGCGUGGAGACAUCAAACAUCACCAACUUAGAUAUUCGAUGGAACCACCUGCACAAGAUUGGGAGCAGUUGGCUGGCACCAUUCCCGUCUCUGGAGUUCCUGAUAUUAGCGUCCAAUGCUAUUUCCGAAAUAGAAGUGGGGACCUUCAGACACACACCAAAUCUUGUCAAAUUAGAUCUAUCCCAUAAUGACCUCAGUGAUGUUGUCAUGGAGUCGAGUGUCUUCGCUAAUCUCUCUCGCCUCGUCGAACUGAGGCUGGAGAACUGCUCUAUCAGCACGCUCACCCGCCAUGUCUUCAGUGGCCUGCAUAGCCUGCAGUACCUGUUUUUAGGAAACAAUCAUCUGACAUCUUUUCCUGUGACGGCCUUGCUGUCUUUGAAAAAACUCAUUUUCUUGAACUUGGGAAACAAUCAAAUAAGCUACAUUGACGAGAAUUUAUCGAGACUCAGCCAGCUGGAAUACCUGUUUUUGUACAACAACGGACUGCGAGACAUUCAUCCUCGGGCACUAGAUGGCUUCGAACGUCUGAAACAAGUAGCUCUAAACGAUAAUCCCCUGACCACAUUACCAGUUGGUCUUCAGCCUUCUCUUCUGCAAAUGCCCCUGAGUGGAAUAACUCUUACGAAUGCAAGCUGGCACUGCGAUUGUCGUCUUUUCUGGGUGGUGCGCUUAGUGCAGCAUGCAGCCGCCGCCUCACCUCACGUCGAGGUACCUUCAUUCCCACAAUGCUCCUGGCCCCGGGAACUCGCUAUGACGUCACUUCGACACCUGACAGGUGAACGCCUCAGGUGCCCCCUGUUUUCAGGCUGUGAGCAGGGUCAGCUAGAAAGCAUGCGCUGUGAGUGGUGCCCACCAUUUCAGAGACCAUUGGCCGGCCAGGGCAGCUGUCAGUGCAUGGAGGGUUAUGAAUACGUGGAGGAGUCUAACGGUCCAUGCCAACCAUGCCCAAAUGGAUUCUACAAACCGGAAGUAGACAACAGCGCAUGCAUAAGAUGCUUGAAACAUAGUGUGACGCUUACAGAGGGCGCCAGCGCCUGUGUCUGUGCCAAAGGUUACACCGAGUCUGAAAACAGAGAGUGCAAAGCGUGCCCCAGAAACACGUACAAGGAGCAGCACGGGCCCCACAGUUGCCGCCAGUGCCCCGAGUUCAGUACCAGUCCCGCGGGCAGCACGUCUAUUGAACAGUGCACGUGUCGCCAGGGUCACAAGGUCGUCACAGGUCUGGACACAGUGACAUGUCAGGGAGCUCCGAAUGUCUCUGAAAAAGGAUCGGGAGAACGUGAACAUGUCACGGGAACUGGUGGUCUUGACCUGGGCAAAUCCGGAAAACCUUUGAUCACCACGCGCGGCUUGUAUACCUACGUCACAAGUGAACACCUGCCUUCGACAGGUGGACCGCAGCAGAUACAGCCAGAAUCCAUGGUGGCCAUAGGAGUGGGCAUUGUCGUCGUCAUGGCAACGGUGAUUGUGAUCAUGCUGCUGUCGCUGCUCUGUGCCAGACGACAACGCGUGUGCUUCCGGUGCUUUGGCUUGCAGUACUCACCACUAAAGGUAGAGGUUACUGUUGAUAGUGGAAUCGUCACCCAUAGCACCUCCAGCUUCCGCCAGCCAAUCAAGCGCCUCCAUGUCGGUCACCUGAUCGGCAAGGGUGCGUUUGGACAAGUGCACGAGGGUGUGGUACGACUCAGUCACCAUGACAGCAAGGACUGGACGCGAGUAGCCGUAAAAAGACUGAAAGACAAAGCCAGUGAAGACGAGAGACAGAUCCUUCAGCAGGAGCUGGAGCAGAUGCUUCUGGUGGGCCAUCACCCCAACAUCAUUCGUCUGCUUGGCUCGUGUGUCCACCAAGGUAACUUGUACAUCAUCAUGGAGCUGGCCACAGGUGGAGACCUGCUGUCAUACCUGCGGAACCAGAAACUGCGUCACGAACAAUACGUUAGCGUGGCCCCGGAUGGAACUGUGAGUGAACAAAAGGUGCUUCAGGUCACCACCCACUCCGACCUCAUGCUCUUCGCCUGGCACAUCGCGCGAGGGAUGAGUCACCUGGAGAGUGUCAAGUGCAUCCAUCGGGACCUUGCCGCACGCAAUUGUCUCCUGACCUCUGGCCCUGUAGCGAAGUUAUCAGACUUCGGACUCUCCAAAGACGUGUACGAGAACGGCUACUAUUUCCGGAAGUCAAAGGGUCGCAUUCCCUACAAAUGGCUGAGUCCCGAGGCCUUGUUGUGGGGACAGUACAGCAGCAAAAGCGACGUGUGGUCCUACGGCAUCCUGCUGUGGGAGGUGGCCACCUUUGGAGGGACUCCAUACGCCGGCAUUCCUCCUGACCGCAUCUGCGACAUGCACCAGUCUCACUAUCGACUUCCGCAACCACCUAGCUGCCCAGACCCGCUGUAUCGUGUCAUGCGCUGUUGCUGGCAAGAGGAUCCUCGCAAGAGACCCACCUUCCGCCGGCUCUGUGACGUUCUUGAACUCUUCGUGCAAAACUCCUCCGACAGAAAAUAUCUCGACCUGCAGCCACACACGUCACCCCUGCAGGCCAGUGACCUCGACUCUGGAGCAGACUGCCCCCUGGGACCCUCACGCUUCGGUCGUAGAGCUCCCUCCCUGAGCUCCUCCAAACGUCUGUCUACGGAAGUCACCUACGUCCCCCCAGGUACUUACUUCAGGUCAGGGGACACGGAGGACCGACAUCCUGACGGUGGAGGCACUGACAUCGACCUUGAAAUGGAACUGGAACCCAUCCUGCGAGAACUGGGUUCGCAGUGGAGCGACACUGGCACGACGCAUGCGCAGUGGCAGGAGGAACCGUCGCUCGCAACUCACGCCUUGGACACGGACAAUACUUCCGGUUACUUCAGUAAUACGAGAGCUCUGGUGCAGGUCUUGUGAUGUGGGCCGUGUCAUGAAAACUGUUACUGCGGGAUGGUGUUUAUAAGAGUUGCUGUCAGCAUCUCUGUGUACACAAACGUAAAGACCACUACGCCUCCAGUUGCUCCGAUGUUGUUUCUGUACCGAAUGAAUAUGUUCGUUUGCUCCCACACACCGACAUUUUUAUAGAAUUCCAUUAAGAGUCUCUGCAAAUGAGAAUCGGAAAGUAGUUCACCACUUGUGACAAAUGUCUUUCUCGAAACUGGGAACGACUGCGGAGGUCUGACAAUCUUGAGCUGUGGCAACUAAGAGCGCAGGUGUUUUUGUGUUUUGUUUCCGCUGACGGUCUGACUUCUGAAGAGUGCUAUCACAUCUUGUUUUUACUUUAAAACACUAGCUCACCACACAAUGCAAUCAAUCAUUUUUUCAGUGACCUGAAAAUGUUAAAUAUUCUUUUCUUGAACACUGAAAAAUCUCUUCUUCACCCAUUUUAUUUUUCUUUCCACUACAAUGAAACGGGGUAAAUAAACUGUAAACUGCCUGACGUCAGAGUCUAGGAUUGCCUUCUUUGCUGACCUAAAGAGGUCAGUGAAUCAUUCUUUUCUUGAACGAUGCAGCCACUCUCUUCUAGUCCACAAUUGUCUGCUUUUAUACAAGAAAACGCUGAACACUAACCCUGUUGUUCAACUAAUUUGUACAAAUUUGGUGACUAGCAACUGGCAACUUUAUGUUCUCACAUUGAGCAAGCCCUUGCAGUUCUAUUCUGAUCCCAAUGUGAGUUCUUUGACCCACUUGUACCUUUAAGCUGACUGACGCAUUUUUGCAAACCAAGCUGAACAGUAAUUAGUGCCGGAAGGCUUAGUACUGGGUAAGACUAAUUGGUCACGAGAGAAACUAACAACAGUAAGGAGACGUUCUCUUCUUUUUUUUUCUCUUUUUUUCUGACAGCUCGACCUCAUUGCUCGUGUAUCACAUGAAGUAACUUUGUUGCUGUUGUCAACACCAAAGGUAACUAACUAAUCUUAAGCGACUUGGUAAACAUCAAAAGAUCAAUCAAAUUUCAGGAAACUCAGUACUUUAGGGCGUCGUGAUUCUGUCUGUGCCCGUGUGUGUGUGUGAAGAAGAGUAAGCGUCGUUCAAGGAAAGUGUUUCCAUUGUAACUGUUCUCGAGGCCUCGGCCAUCCUGCUAAAGGCCAGCGGUGUACCUUUCCCCUCUGACCUCUUGUGUUUAAGUCCACUGAUCGUCCUCUGAUCUCGGCUGCUCCCUUAGGAACUGUCUUAGGUAAUGAUAAGAUGGGAUUCUCAUGACCUAUGGCCUACAGGGAGACUACAUGAUGCAUUCUUCUUAUUUUUAUGGCUGGUAUUCAUCCAAAACUGUUUAAAUUUACAUCACAUAUCCGUAUGUACAUACAUAUGUGAGUAUGGAUUUAUGUAUGUCCAUUUCAUUUUCUGUACCUUGGUUUUUUUCCUUCAUUCUUUCCUUUCCAUAAUUUAUACAAUUGAAAGGGUGGUUCUUCAAGAAUUUAUCAUUUUUCUUACUUUUUAUUUCUUAGCUAUCCACCAAGACAGCCAGUUCUUCAUUCAUUCCUAUUUAUUUAUGAGGUUAUUCAUUCUAAUUCUCACCUUCUCCGAUGUGCUGAUUCUGACUUCGUUAGUGUUUAAACUUAAGCUCACAAGUUGUUCACAGUUUGAAACUGACUCUCAUCACACGGAGGAAGGACCUGUGAGCAAAGGAGAAAUGAGGAUUGUCUUGAAGAUGCUCAGUACUAAGUGCCGCUUGCUGUGCAGGCCUCCCUGUGCCUUGCUACUCAAUGGUUAUGUGCGCACAAGCAAGUACGGUUGUGGAACUGUGCUCCAUGGUGUUGGGUGACUGUAGUCGGCUACCUGUCAAACAUUAAUCUGUCUGCUUCGGUUUUUGUGUUAAACAGUAGUCGACAUCUCACCUCGAUGGCUUGGAGCGUCAUUAUUGUUUCCCUUGUUAUGAUUUUUAUAUAGAAUUCGUAUCUUGUCACAUUUCCAAAUGGAUUUUUGACAGCGUGCAACGAAAUAGUUGUAAAAAGUGCACUUUGCUGAUAAAUAACUUGUUAGUAAAUAAUGUCACGGUGCUUUUACUUGCCUCUUGCUUGUAAAUACAUGCUAUUUUUAAUCAUGUUGAUGCUGCAACUGGUUAUUCCGUGCCGAUAUAGUGUGUAGUUAUUUUAAUGAUCCAUAGAGAAAUGUAUCUUGUUGCUUUAAAAUGGUGUAUCAUCAUCAGGUAUUGUGAGCAGUUUGCCCUUAUAUUCUUGUUUCUCUCCCCCCCCCUUCCCUCCACUUCUCUUGUCGCUGUAUUCUGACUGCAUCGAUAAAAUUCUGAAUGCUUUGAAAAUUGUGUUGCAGUGUUAACCCUUUUUUUAUCUUCUUGUGUGCUUCGCUUUUCAAUGAGGCUUAAUGCUCUGAUAUCGCUGUCAAGGAAACUUUGAUUGUAUGUAAUCGACAGAAAUCAAUUGCUUCACUGCAAGCAAAACUUGAAUUCGAUUUGAUCUGGUGACCGUAAUUUUCACUGAUCCUCUCCGAUAAUGUAUUCCUCCCUCACACCCACCCUUCAUGUUGCUCUUGUCCCGAGUGUCCUGCCUUCACCUCCCGCAAGCGAGAAAUCUCGUGAGACGGGAUUAUGUGGUUAGAUAUGUUAUCGUCAUGAAAAGACAUAACUACGAAAUUAUCGAAUUACGCCGAGUUUGUGUGUGUGUGUUCAUAUAUAUAUAUAAAAGACAUCUUAACUUUUGGUCUGUUUAGACUAAUGUCUAAUACAAAAGUUUUUCUAAAACCUCGUAGCUGGGUGCAAAAAGAAAACAAAAACUGAUGACAUUUUGUUUGUUCAUACAUUACAAAUUUUAAGAAGUUUGUUAUCCUGGGUGAUGCGGAGGUGGGACAAUGAUGGCAUGCCAGUCCUGCCGGAUGUACGAUCGUUGUUUUCUCUCGUGACAAGUAACGGCUACAGCAGCUACAAGGAUGCUUGUUUUGUAAGAAUCGGGACAUUCAGCAUUACUGCGAUAUAGGAAAAUAAUGUGUUCCAUGGGGAAUAAUGAUAUUUUCUCCUAUGGCUUCUUCUCAUCAAGUUUAUUUAUAUUGAAUAUUGGCAUUUUUUCCGGAUAAAAGGCUGAAGGCAGAUUUGUAAUUUGCUAAAAGGCACUUUGACAUGUGAUGUAAAAGAUCACGCUGUAUUACAUUGUCUUAGUGUGGAAAAGGGAGCACGUGCUCAGGCUGUUACAGGCUUUUUACAUUGUGCCAUGUGACUUUUAAAACAAUAAUGAUUAUUACAUCUUGUCUCUGAUAUUUCCCAUGAAUUAUUGUAAUUCUCUGUGUUUAACCACGCUAGUGGUUUUUGUCUCGUUUUCACGUCUCAUUGAAAAUGUGAUUUUGAUAUGGAUGCUAAUGUCAUUUCUAUUUGCUUCGAGUAGUUUUGUUAACGCCCAAAACAAAAACUCGAGUGAAAUGAUUAUGACCAAAGGUGUUUAUGACACGUGACUUUAGUGUCAGUUAUGUGUACACUGGAACCAACGCGUUACGAGUACGAGUGCUUCUUGUAUAUUUACUUAUUUUUCCAUGAAAAACUUGUUCCAGACAGCAACAGAGACAGACAUAAAACAUUUCUACUUAAUUUGUGUUUCCGCCUCAUGUACUACAUUUUUGCUUUUAAGAGAAAAUUCUUCUUUCUGACACAUGAAAUUAGAACUGCACGAAAACCUUUGUACUUUUGAAGCUGCUUUAUUUCCCAUGAUACUUUACACAGUUGCAGCUCUUUAGUCUUUUAUUUCUUAUUUCUGAAUUGUGGCAUGUGAAUAUAAGAAACAGAUUAUAAACUUCAACACAUAAUCACAAUCUUUUUGUAAUCUUGAAGUUUUCCUGAUAAGCCAGAAAAGAAUAAAUAUUUUGAGGUUGAAUUUUCAAAUUGAUGUGCCUCGUACUUUUAUUUUAUUAAGGGUCAUUCAUUAAAUGCCACGGUCGUUACCGGUGCUUUAAUUAAUUUCUUUGGAGUGGAAGCAAGGAUUUAUUAAUCGAUUAGACAUCAGGAAGUCGUUGAAUGUGAAACUUCGGUAGGCACUAUUUUUAUUGGCAGCACUCCGAGAAACUUUCAACCUCGCUUUCCGCUGAUUUUUUAUUUUCAUACAUCCUAUAAUCCUGACCUACAAAAGUUCCUUUCAUCCAAGAACUUGGCACAAGACAUUCCUAGUGUAUGGCUCUUCUUCCAUCAGUCUGUUUUUUCAGUUUGUCUCAACAAAUCUCAGACUCCACAGUUAAUGCCGGAUUUUAUGCUAGAAGACAGCCAGCCACUCUGUGCUAAUACUGUUUCGUAUUAUGUGGACAAAGAAUUGUGAUACUUGAUAAUAUUUUCAGUGUAUUUUCGGUGCAUUUCUAAAUAAAUAGAUGCUUGCUGUGUCAUUCUUUGUGAUUUAUUUUUAAGCGGAAGGAGCUCACGUCUUGUUAUUUUAGAUACGGUUGGAGGUAAGUCCUCGCCGGGAGAAAUAAUAUUGCGACCUCAGUAUCCUCUCUCUCACACAUACACACACAACACACCCGUACACACAUCACACCUCCCCCCACACCCAGCCACCCACCAACACACACGCACGCACCUACGACAGCGAGAACGCACGCACGCAAACACGCUUACAUAGUACAAACGAGAACAUGAGUGUAAAUAAUUUAAUUUCUGUAUUGAGUAAGCAUAUGAAGACGAAUAAAUAUUUAUUUCUGCAUUUAGUAGGCUCCGUCGAUAUAUUGAUAUAUGUGUGUGUGUGAUGAGGAAUAUAUUCGUGUUCUGGUGUUCCAGUGCAUAUAUAUUGAGGGUGCAUGCAUUUUUGCUGAUAAGUCUUUUGAAAUACAUGUACUUGUUUAUCUCUAAAAGUGUAAGUCUGUCUACUUGUGUGUACAGUCACACACACAUAAUUAUACAUUCACUGACAGUUAAGUAUUCGCAUCUCGAUCCUGUCGGUCGCUCCGUGAAAGCCUGCACACACUCUUACCUCCUCAAGAACUUUUUUGAAGGAGCGUCUGCUCCCUUACCCCCACCCUG